CUAUCUUUCUCCUCCUCCCCACCAUAUGAUUCAGUCUGUUCCUCCACUCCUGCAGAAUGAAGAAUGGGAAGAAAGCAUAUAUUUUCCUGUGUCUCACUCUGGUGCGGGUCUGCUUUGCAACACAAAGCGACUACGCCCCUUAUUUUUUCGAUAAUGGACCCAGCAGUAGCAGUGGAAACAUGGCAUUAUUCAGCCUUUCAGAAGACACCCCUAUUGGAAGCCAGAUUUACAUUCUGAAUGGAACAGACCCAGAGGGAGAUCCAGUGAGGUUCGACCUGGCCUUUGAAAAGGGAUCCAAGGAGUAUUUUAGUGUUGAUCCAAAGUCUGGAAAUGUUACCCUUAUCGAAGAACUUGACAGAGAAAUACAAGAUGAAAUUGAAGUUCUUGUCAGCAUUACAGAUGGCCGUAAUAAAGUGGUUGAAAAAGUGAGGGUAUUUGUCACCGAUGCCAAUGAUGAGCGACCACAGUUUCAAAAUUUGCCAUACAUUGUAGACGUUCCAGAGGACACACCCCCUUGGAGCAGUAUUUACAAAGUACAGGCAGUUGACAGAGAUACUGGAUCUGGUGGUAGUGUCACAUACUUCCUGCAGGAUCCCACCUCGACAAAGUUCGCCAUAGACGGGCACAGUGGGGUCAUAAGAAUCAAACCAGAUGCAUCUCUUGAUUACGAGAGGACAAGAACUCAUUUCGUCACGGUGGUGGCCAAGGACGGAGGUGGAAAAUAUAAAGGGAAGUAUCGAGUAUUGACGUCAUCGGCCACCGUGACAGUGAAUGUGAUCGAUGCCCAGGACUCUCCUCCUAACUUUAUUGGCACGCCUUAUUUUGGGUUUAUUUAUGAGGUCUCAGAACCAGGCACAGAAAUUCUCACUGUUUAUGCCAAAGAUGGAGAUCAGGGCCAGCCUCGCCCUAUUUACUAUUCUCUUGUUAACGAAACUGAUGGUGUUUUCACCAUAAACAAUACGACUGGAAGGAUCAUUCUUCUUGUUUAUCCUUUCCAACUCCAGAAGGAAAUGUAUGAACUCAAAAUAAAGGCCACAGAAUUGAAAAAUGAUAAUGAGACAGAUUAUGCCAUCGCCACGGCGACCAUCCGAGUGGUGGACCUCAACAACCAUCCGCCCACCUUUUAUGGAGACAGUGGGCCGCAGAAUAAGUUUGAGCUCACAAUGUACGAGCACCCUCCAGAAGGAGAGAUCCUGCGAGGCUUGAAGAUAACCGUCAACGACUCAGACCAGGGGGCCAAUGCUAAGUUUAACCUGAGGCUGAUCGGGCCAAGCAGAGUUCUGCGGGUAGUGCCCCAGACCGUUCUAAAUGAAGCCCAAGUCACCAUAAUCGUGGAAAACUCUGCAGCCAUCGACUAUGAAAAGAAUCAGUCCCUAAACUUCAAGCUCCUUGCUGUUGAGAUUGACACACCCGAGAAGUUCAGCGCCACAGCCGACAUUGUCAUUCACCUCCUUGACACCAACGACAACACUCCCAAGUUUUCCUCUGACUUCUACAUUGCCAGGGUUCCAGAAAACUCCCCUGGCGGGUCCAAUGUUGUGUCUAUAACAGCAACUGAUCCUGAUUCAAGCCUUUGGGGUGAAGUCAAAUACUCCAUCUAUGGAUCAGGGGCUGAUUUGUUCAUCAUUCACCCAACAUCAGGCAUAAUCUACACACAGCCGUGGGCAGUCCUGGAUGCCGAGGUGAAGUCCAGGUACAACUUUUACGUGAAAGCUGAGGACACUGAGGGGAAAUACAGCAUCGCCGAGGUCUUUGUGACCAUCCUGGACCAAAAUGACCACUACCCUGAGUUCAACGCAAACUUAAUGGAGAAGACCAUGGUCCUCGGCACACCAGUGAAAGUGGAGGCUGUGGAUGAUGAUGCGGAGCAGCCCAAUAAUGUUAUUGAGUACUCCAUCAUGAAGGCAGACCCCGACAACAUCUUUGACAUUAACACGGACACCGGCGAGAUCAAGGUGAAGCCUUACAUAAAAUCCAUGGAUAUAGUGCACAACAUCACCAAGCACAAGGACUGCAAGUGGUCCCUGGUGGUCCAGGCCCGAGACCGAGGCUCUCCGUCCUUCAGCACCACCGCGGUUCUGAAGAUCGACCUUACAGAAGAGAAUCAUCUCAAGGGGCCUAUGGCAGAUUUUUUAUUGAAAAGUAGGGACAAUCCCAUGAAAGUCCUAGGCAUGGUCGCUGGUAUCAUUAGCGUAAUGGUAGUCGUGACGGUCUUUAUCUCGACGGUUAUGUUCAUGCGCAACAACAAAAAGUCCAACAGGAUAGCGCCGAGCCGCCGGAUCAUCCGGAGGAGACCCAGGAAGCACAAGCCCUAUAAGCUCAGGCUGCCGUUCACCCCCGGCGGCAACCCCUCUGCCAAGUACCCAGAGGGCAACGGCGAGAACCUCAACAAAAACAACUCCCACUUCCCUCCGCCUCCCUCUGCCCCCAUCCUGCCCCCGCCCCCAUCCAGCUACGCGAGGUACGGCGAAAUGAAGCAGCCAGUGCCUACCGUCUCUGGGACUCUGCUGACCAUGGGCCCCGAAAUCCCAGGCAGGCACAGGGAUGGAGGUGUCAGCACGGCAUUGGUCUCUGAGCUCAAAAUGAGGCUAGAGCAAAAAAUGUUAGAAAACAACAGGGGCUAUUAUUAA